AAGGUGAGAGAAACAGGCAGCUGUUUAGUAAACACUCGUGCUUCAAGCUAAUUACAGUUGAAAAUGUACUUCGAACGUUUACAGCAUCAGCAAUACGUCUUCCUCGUGGGCAUUCUAUUAUGGCAUUCAAUCGCAUCGCUAGCCAGAAACUGUUGCAUAGAGGGCGAAACCCAGGAGGAUCCGAAUGAUGGUAUCAGCUAUUAUGUCUGCUGCGGUGGAACUUUAGUUCAUAAGACUUGUGAAACUGGGAGAACGAUAUUCAACUCGAUCCGCAAGACUGUGCGGCCUAUUUUCUCUGUGUGAUGGGACAAUUCGUGAGUCAGAAAUGUGCCCAUGGCACUUACUUUGAUACAACAAUCAUGGCGUGUGUAGGAGAUACCAAAGGUAAUUCCACAACCACAUUUUAAAGCGUGUCGAAUUGAAAUUGGAAAAGAAAUUCAUGUAAAAAUAACAAUAACAACAAUAACAAAAUAAAAGCUACAAAAAAAAAAAUACUUGAUUAAUUGGAAAAAUCUUUAAAGAAUUUAAGGAAUUCCAAUUAAAUUUACAUAAUUUCGAGUACUCCUAAAAUAAAACAAUUGGACAAAUGGAAAAAUAGUGUGAGAUUAGUUUUAGUUUUUAAUGAUUUUAAGCCCUCCUUAAUAAAUUGACUUUAUUU